UCUUUCCCAGCCUUCUUCCUCCGUGAACCCAGCAAGGGGGUUCCAUGAGGAACCCAAGACCUGAGUUCAUGAAACCCAAGACCUGGGUUCACGAAACCCAAAUCUGGGUUCCUCACAAAACCCAGUUGCUGGGGGAUGAUUUUGAGCUAGUUGAGGAGUAUUUCGACAAUAGUUUGCUGACUCUAGAUUUCUACAAUGCCUUGGAGAAGUGCCUGCAGCGCCCGCCUGGGUUUGUCGUGAACCAAGGACGAACCCACCUAGCUCGCGCCUGGGUUCAUGACAAACCUAGGCGGGGGCUACAGGCACUUCUCCAAGGCAUUGUAGACGAGAACCCAGGCCUACCUGGGUUCGUCGUGAACCCAGGACGAGCCCACCCAAGUCGCGUUGGGUUUGUCAAGAACCCAAGCACGAGUUGGGUUGGUCUUGGGUUCGCAAAGAACCUAGCGCGCACUUGGGUUCGUCAAGAACCCAAGAUGAAUCCACCCAAGCUUGGGUUCUUCACGAACCCAUGAACAAUGAAUCCAGGUUGCACCU